UAAGCAGCAGUAAAGAUAACGGUGCCAGGAGUGAAGUCUCAGUCUCGUGAGAAACAUGAAAUUACGCACAUAAUAAAACUGCUUCGGUUCGGACGAAGGCGUAACGCUUGUGAUCGCUCAACUGUGAUUUUUCUACGUAAAAUUUUAUAAUAACAGUCAAUUAAAAUUUGAAAAUUUUAUUUUAAUGCCACCAACAAUGUCUGCGGAUUACUUCAGUAUGUAUAGCGGUGGUAUGUUCUCAAAUUCGACGCCAGAUGAUCUGAUGGCUUCUCCAGUGAAGAAACUGGACAAAUCUGAAGCCUUAAUCAAAGCUCGUUCGUUGUUGGAGACGAAAGCUAUCCAUGUGGACGUUCCUCCGGUCAGCGAUGACUUCAUAUUACGGUUUUUGAACGCCAGAAAAAUGAAUAUCGAGAAUUGCGUUCAGUUAAUGCUGAAUUACUUCGAUCACAGGAAGAAGAAUCCAGCUCUAUUUGAGAAUCUCACCGUAAAUGAUCCCCUGACGCAGAGUUGUUUAAGAGAUGGAUUACCUCUUGUGCUGAAAAACAGAGAUAGGAAAGGAAGAUGCGUUGUACUUUUCCUUAUUUACUCUUGGGAUCAUUCGAAAUAUUCGAUAGAAACUAUUUAUAAAGCUUUACUACUAACGAUGGAAUAUCUUCUCGAAGAUAUUCAAAAUCAAGUGAACGGUUUCGUUUUCGCCGUCGAUUGGACUAAUUUCAAACUGAGGGAUUAUAUCGACGUGAGCCCUAAAAUGGUAAAAUUAAUGGUCGACGGAUUUCAGGAUGCUUUUCCUUCGAAAUUCAAAGGACUUCAUUUUAUUGGCCAACCUUGGUACGUUGACGGUAUCAUAACUGUCAUAAAAUCGUUUUUAAAAGAGAAAACUAAACAAAAGUUCAUUGUACAUGGUUCAAAUUUGAGCUCUUUGCACGAAUAUUUACCUCGCGACGUGCUCCCUCCUGAAUUAGGAGGCGAAGGAACAGCAUACCGAACUGAUGAAUGGAUCGAGUUAUUGAAAAAUUACGAAAACAGGACAUCCUUGCAAAGCUAAGCUAAUGAUUGGAUUUAGAAUCUCGAAGCUAUUUUGUAUAGCCAGCUAUACAAGUAAAUUCUAUCUGUUACCUAUGUAAAAUUAGAUUCAAGUUAAUCUCGUAUUAUUUUUAUAAGUCACUGGUGUUGAUACGUAAAUACUACGUAUAUGAUUUUUUUUUUUCAUAUUUUACGCAUACGUCUUAUUUUUUCCUUAUAUUUUUUAACGUGAGAAAUGAAAAGCCUACUUUCAGAAAAUACCACAGAUCGUGCGAGUGUGUGUGAGUUGUUUUAUUUUUUAAACUUUGUUCGUAUUUCUCAAAAAAUUCUUCCUUCGGUGACCUAUACACCAAAAGAUACGUGUAUGUAUAUUCGAGUGAUGAUUUUAUUUUUUUAAACGUAACAUCCUGCUCAACUAAUUAUUGAAAUCAAAAGUAUUAUCAUUUCCUAAAAUAUUUACAAUCUUAUUCCUUUUUUUUUUUUUUUUGUAAAGUAGAUGAAAGAGUUGAAAUUUUGUUCCUUAUGUUCGAUGAUGAAGUUCCGCAUUUUAUAUCUAAGUAUAUAUUUUCCUUGCUAUGAAAUCAAAGCAUUCCUUCUAUUUUAAAUUUUGUGAUCUAAUCACGUUUAAGGGUACAAUUUGUUGACAAUAAAACUGCAUUUCGAAUUUAUUUUUAUUAGUGUAAUUUUUUUUUAAGAAUGUAGUAACAAAACAUAACGUAUUUUUAACUUGUUAACACUAGUUGCAAGCGAUUUCAGAAAUCUCUUUAUUAUUGGUGUUGUAUGCAAUUUUUAUUUUUAUUUCGCCGUCUUAAUUUGUUACAUUUUCAAUUUAUUGAGAUAUUAAAUUAAAAUCUUUUGAAAUUA